AUGGCUUAUGACCUCUAUGAUAAGAGGGACGUGGCCCUUAAAGUCAUGUCUUUAGGGGACUGGGGGGAGAACGAAUACCGCAUGCAGAACGAAAUUCUUCAAAACGUGCAUGAUACCUCCCACCUAGUGAUGUAUCUAGGGACUUUUCUCAUCCCUGGAAGCGGUCAUAGGGUUCUAGUAUUUCCUUUAAUGGGUCCAUGCAUUGUCCCUAUUGAAAUGGGAAAAACCCCUAUGGCCAGUCGCAUGUCUGCUGCUCGCCAAUUGUUAGAAGCCUUGGAAAGUCUACACAAAGCAGGAAUUGUGCACCGUGAUAUAAAUGAGAGAAACUGUAUGUGGGGGAUGCGUCCUCUCCAUAAUCUCAAUAGGACUGCGAAAUACGAGGCACUCGGUCGGCCACUGAAGCUAACCAUACCAUAUGUCGACCUUUGCAAGAAGGGGGAGCUUGUUUGGCCAGUUAAGGUCCCUGAGAAUUUACGCACGGAGGAAUUCUUUCUUGGUGACUUUGGUCUAGCGAAAAAGCUUACUGAUAGCGUGACUCAACGAGGCUAUCCCCCUUCGCAAUAUUGCUCCCCUGAACGUCUUCAUGGGGAAGGUCCAAGUCUGGCCUGCGAUAUAUGGAGUUAUAUGAUUGUAUUUGCUGUGAUAUACCUUGGCUAUGCGCCUUUCCCUGCCUGGCUUAAGGGGGGGGUGAUAAGUGGAUUCGUUAGGAGUUUAGGUCCACUACCUGAAAAGUGGAAGGGCCUUUACCCUGGAGGACUCGAUUAUUGGUAUGACCAAUCUCGAACGCCUAAUCCGGAUCUUGAUCUUGCCUCAAGAAUUGCAUACUUUCGUCCUGAUGCUGAUCCGAUCGAGCGAGCCCAUGUGGCCUCUAUCAUGUCCAAA